UCCAUAAUUUUCGCUCAUUUCAUGGUCCUACCGGGUCUCGUCUUGAACGCGAUCAACGUCAUCAUAUUCGCCAGGAUGGGUCUAGCGGACUCCACCAACAUCUCACUGUUAGGCCUUACCCUGGCGGACAUCGGCGUCUUGUUGACCAUGGUGGGGCUCUGCGUCCUCUUCAACCCUUUAACCCUUUCAGCGGCGCCAUCUAUGGACAUCAUCGACGCCAUCAACUACAUCGUCCUGGGGACCCCCUUGAACAUAUUCAGCCGGAUAUCCGGUCUCAUAACCGGUUUCAUAAGCCUCGAGAGGCUCUUAUGCGUCGCGUGGCCUCUGCACAUCAAAUUUCUCGUCACAAAACAGAGAACAGUUCUCGUUGUCGUCGGCGCAUACGCUCUGAUGUUCACCAGUGGUAUCCCAACGUUCAUAGCCCACCCCAUCGGAAUGAGGUUCAACCCAGUCCUAAAUGCAACAGUUGUGGGGUUAGUCUUUUCCGCAAACACCGAGGAGCUAGAAAAUAUUUCCGUCAGCGCUAACAUCGCAGCCCAGACAGCGUCCUUUGUAGUGGUCACGGUAUCAACCGUUUUCUUAACCAGGUCGCUGCACAGGUCCGCUCAGUGGAGAGGAGCCAUCCAUCGGCAAGCGUCGAAGAGUUCCGCCAGGGACAAACAGCUGGUCAAGAUGGUCGUCUUAAUCUCGGCAACCUUCAUCGCCUGCUCACUGCCGCUCGUGGUUGUUAACGCGGUGAUGCCGUUUCGGAACGAGUUCAGCUUCAAGGGAAGAGAAAAAAAUGUGUUCAUGUUAACCUGCGGUGUGUUCUUUGCGUUACAGUCCAUCAACGCGUCGGUCAACUUCUUCGUCUACCUGGCCAUGAGCUCCAAGUUUAAACAAAACUUGUACACUUUGUUGGGUCUUGAAGGUAAUUCGUCAGAUAGUAGUAAGUCUAGAGAUGCACUAAAGACAGCAAUCUAA